AUGCGACAGGACUUUCGCACCCUGGAGACACAAGCUAUUCCAAACAGACGUUCUCCGAGAAAUAGGCCGAUUCAUCGACAAGCACAGAGGAGGUGUCCCCAAGAGCUUUUCGCGCCCCAACGAGGCUCCUUCAAUGCCUGGCUACGAUUGCUUUUCCAAGAUGGAGGCUCUGCCAUCAUUCGAUUCCCGUGUCCGGAUGCUUCCAUGUUCCCCGAGGAAAAGGUUCAGCGCGAAGUGGCAGUGAUGCAGUUUUUGGAGUAUUUUACCAGUCUACCCAUCCCUCAUAUCCUUCAUCAUGGAAUGACAGAGGAGAGCCCAAAGGGUUUAGGACCCUUUAUCAUCAUGGAGCAUAUUAGCAACGAAGGCGACGUCAUUGAUGCCCUCAAUGUACCGGGCCGAUCACGCGACGAGAGACCGAUGCUAAACCCGAACGUCUCGGAAGAGAGACUUGAAUGGGUUUAUGGUCAGAUGGCAGAUAUCAUGUUACAGGUAUCGAGGCAUUCUUUUGCCGAGAUUGGAUGCAUCGGUAAAGCUAAUGAGGAUGAUGAAUUCGAUGAUACCUGGGUAGUCAAGCAUCGGCUGCUUACCUUUAACAUGAACGAGCUCGUUCAGUUGGGUGGAGUGUCACCAGACUUACUUCCCCAAAGCACGUUCAAAACAACCUCAUCGUACUACCAAGCACUAGCUGAGAUGCACAUGAUCCACCUGGCUUCCCAACGAAACAACGCGAUCGAUUCCGCGGAAGAUUGUCGAACGAAGUACAUCGCACGAUGUCUGUUUCGCAAGAUCACUCGCGAAAAUCAGCUGUGCAAUGACGACGCUGGCCCUUUUAAAUUGUUCUGUGACGACCUCCGACCUGGCAACAUUCUAUCAAGUGCCCAGCAUCAGAUGACCGGCGUGGUGGACUGGGAGUUCACCUACGCAGCCCCUACAGGGUUUGCUCAUAGGCCUCCGUUCUGGUUGUUACUCGAGCUGCCAGAAAUCUGGAAACAGGGUUUAGAUGAUUGGAUAGCAAGAUAUGAGAAGGUGCUGCCGGUGUUUCUGAGAGCCCUCAAGGACAGAGAGCAAGCAGCCAUUGAUCGAGGAUUCAUAAAUGAGAACGAUAGACUGUCAGGACAUAUGCUCAGAAGCUGGGAAAGCGGUGACUUCUGGCUGAACUACGCCGCGAGAAAGAGCUGGGCGUUCGAUAUGAUAUACUGGGCGAAGAUCGAUCGGAGGUUCUUUGGGGAUGGUAACUUGAGCGAUCGGGUCAAGCUCUUGACUCCUGAUGAGAGGGCGGAAAUGGAAGGGUUCGUGCAGAUGAAGUUGAAGGCGGGGGAGGGUGGUCUACCUGAUUGA